GACCAUUCUUUCUGUGCUGAUACAGUGAUGAUGCUUGUAUACUUUUCCAACCACAAAGUCAGCUGAAAAGUUACAGUGUCUCCGACGAGUCUGCAUUCUCCACUCGUCCUGCUGUGAACAUUAGAAACUGAACAAACUACAUACUACUACAUGUAGCAUGUGCAAACCUCAUGAACAAUUGUAUAAAGUAUUAGUAUAUUUGUUUGACAAUCAAUGAUAGAAUAUCACAGUAACUGAAUCAUAUGUAGUUUUUAACGAUUGAGCGUUAACUUUGUGGAUAUGUAUGAAUAAGAUAUUCGAUACACCAUUGAAUAGAGAAUAUUGUAAAACCUUGGUAGAUUGAAAUAAGCAUGGCGGAGGCACUGUUAGAAGGAGAAGCUCCUGGUGAGAAUAUGACAGGAAGUGCGGACAUGACCCCCACGAAGCAGCAAACAUGUGGCACUGGUGUCUCAGUGGUGUCAUUCCAGCGUAGUCCUAAGGAUGCCGAGGAGGUAGUUGACUUACUCUUGAGAGAACUGAUUCCUCAGGAAGACUGGGAUGCAGCAAGUGAUGCUGAUUCUGAUUCACCAGUUUUAACUGAAGAAGGAUUGAGUCGUAUUUCUUCAUCAGCAAAGGCUGACACAUUGGACAGUGACAUCUCUGACCAUGUAACAGCAAAAGGGGCAGAUCCAGUAAAGCCCUCAAGUGGGAAAGAUGUUUCUCAAGCUCAGCAAGGCCAAGAAGGGAAUGAUGAUGUAUUGUCAGUUCUAAAAGACUUAGAUCAGUGUCUUGGAGAAUCAAGUUCAACAGAACCCUCAGUUUUAGGCACUUAUGUCACAGAAGAUAAUUGUGACACGUGCAGCGUGCUGUCAGACAUCACAGCUUACCUGUCUGAAGAUGACGAUCAGAGAAAAGAGUUGCAACAGGACAAGGGAUCUAAGGAGAGUCUUGUUACCAACGACGAUGAGAAGACAGAGUUGCUGGUUCGAAAUGGCAUUCAUGAGGACUUUGAUGGUACCACCAUGCUUGUUGAUGAGGAGCAGGGAAAAGCUGAAGAUGCAUUAGAAGUGUGCAUCUCUACAGAUAAAGAGCCUGCUGUAGAGGAAAGAUGUUGCAGCAGUGAAGCUAAAGGUGCUCAUCAGAUGGCAGCUAUUCAGAAACUUGACAGUCCUCUUUCAGAAGUAGAGGGAAUAGCAACUCACAAAGCUGGUGGUACACGUACUGAUGAAACUAGAAUUGAGCCACAAGAGAAUGGCACCAAGUGUUCCAUGCCCAAAGAUGUUUCAACAAAGAACAGCCAACCGUCUCAUAUGAUAACGGAUUGUGCUAUGGCAGUGUCAAACAAACCUACAAACUAUGUUGAUGAUGUAAUAAUUGAUCUGUGUGUGACACCUGAAGAAGAAAUAGAUCUAGUUGACCAGGAUGGUAAAUAUUUGACUGACAGUUUAGAAGGUGACUCAAUGGAAACUGAUGCACAGUUUGAAGUCAUCGAUGUCUGGCCAAAUCCUGCAUACAGCUGUGAGACUCCUCCAAAGUCUUUAGCUAGUAGCCCAAUUGUAGGAAGCAAAGGUUCCUCUACUCCAGAAAUAAGUUCUUUAUCUGACCACAAAGGGGCAAUAGAUAAAAGCAAUCAGUCGAGAGAAUUGAAUAGAUCUGUAGCUUCUGCUACUGCUGGUCUCGAAGCAUCUUCUCUAGUUAAUACAAGUGAAAAAGUAAAGGUUGGAGAAAUAAGAAGGAAGGCAGUUCCAACUGAGAGCAGUAGUGUGAGCGGCUCUGUUUACAGGCCCAAAGAAGUUUCUCUUAAAACUCCCCAGGCAGAACAAGUCUCUGAUGUUGCUGACAAGCUUCAAUCAUCUCAAGACAAGUCAAGAAACCCACAGCCUGUUGUAAGCAUGUCUCGGUGUACAAAAGAUUGUGGUUCUGAAAACAGUGGAAGGAGUGUUGUACACAAAAGCUCAGGUUUAAAGAGUAAGGCACAGAGUACCAGACCACCAACCAGUGGAGAUUGCGAUGUUGAAUUCUUGCAGCAGAACAAGAGAGUCAAAAUGGGUUCCAAUCCAGAAGGCACUGUCAAGUCACACACAGAAAGACCAAAACCAAAGAUAAAGCCUAUUGUCUGGGACCGCUCUCCAGCUCACAGCAGUAAGACCAGGAAUCCAGUUGUAUUUCCUGCACAGAAAACAGUAGUAAUAAAAUCUGAAGGAAAACAGGCUUUUUUAGCUCCAACUGCCAAGAACACUGUGGUAAAGAAGAUGGAAAUGCCCAAGCCGCAGAAGAAAACGGCAAUUAAGAAAAUUGUUUGGGACAGAUCACCUGCUCGGCAAAAGGACACAAGUAAAAAAAGUCCUCUUAAAGAUGGAGACCUGGAAAUAUGCAUCCCCAACAAGACAGAGGCUGUCAAGGAAGAUGUCAGACUUGUCUAUGAUCCACAGAGGCCGUUAUCACCAGAUUCCAAAAAUAAGCUACUGGAGCAUCUACUGAAGGUGGAGGAUAGCCAAGAAACUGAGACAGAGGAGAUACAACCAAGUAAACUUAAAGUUACCAUCUCAAAGUUGGACAGCAAGGUUACAGUGGCAGAAUCUGAUCCUGAUGUUCCAUGUAAAAAGCUUAAAUUAGCUGGAGAAAGAGGCAGUCAUACACUCACAUCUGUUGCAGAUAAACACAAAGGGAAGGCAAUGUCUGCUGCAGCCAAUAGUAGCAGUAGAUCUGGUCAGCACAAGUCUUCUAAGAGGGAGAAACAUAAAACUCACAAACAUUCAAAUCAUGAGGAAAGACUAGUAAUGCUCAAGGGAGAGCCCAAACCUACUGUCCAAGCAAGCAUGACAGCACACAACAGCAAAGAGAAACCACAACAUAAGGGUGAUGGUAAAGAAAAAUCUACGAGUGUAGAAAAGAAACUUUCUCCUUCUGAUGCCAUCAAGAGAAAGAGGAGUUCAAAACGAAGAAAGAAAUCAAGUGAUAGUAAUGAUUCAAAAGAUGGACAGGGCAAAAGUAGGAAAAAAGCAAAAGUGUCCAAUGACAUUGAAGAUGAGCUGUCUAGUCUCCUGGAAAUUACUCCAAUGGAAGGAAAGGUAUCCCGUCCAAUGUUCUCAGAGAAACUGCAGCAAGAAGCACAACCAUCAUCAGAUCCAAGAGAAGCAUGUAUUCAGAAGGACACUGUUGACACUGGAGGAGGCUCUGAGAUAUUGGAAACAGGGCCAAGCACAGAUGUGACUGACUUGUCUGAAAAGUUGCGCAGGUCUAGGGCCAAAAGGCAGCAACAGCAGAAAACCUCAGACACAGUGGUGGGCAUGGAGCCAACUGAAGUACAACAGGUACAUCUCCCUGACUCAGAAAUAUGUAAAGAGGACAAGUCCCAACAUGAUAUGGAAGAUAUGAUCACUGAUGAGCAGAAUACGGAGGAAACACAAGAAAAACAAGAAGUUAGGAUUACUCGCCAAGUUGUGAUAACAGAUGAUCAUAUCAGUAGCAUAGCAGCAAUGAAAACUUCAACAAUAGAUUCUGAAGAGGACUGGGAUGCUAUACUAGAUCUGACUGAUAAUGAAACUGAUCCUGGAAUACAAAUCACUUCGCCUGGCCAAAGUUCAGAUCUGAAGACAACCUUCCAAAGCAUCCUAGAUGAGGAGGACUUCUACAAUGAGAAUGCAGAAGCAUUGCACUUGGAAAAUCCCAUGGAAGAAAUCAUUGCACAAGAACGUCUUAUGUACAACGACACAAAUACUAUAGCCACAUCAACAUCAGCAGCACUGGAGGGGGAGGACCAUGUUACUAGCGACAACCUGUCUGGUUAUGAGACUGUGGAUGAGGUUGUGGACUCUGAUAAUGAAGUUCAAGUUGGUGGUAGUGGCUCACAGGUCAGGCUGGCAGCUACUGUAUCAAGUCCCAGUGUAAAAGCUUCAUUCUUCAUAUUACCAUGUCAAAAUCAGUCACCAACUGUGUUGAAGACAACUGAUUCUAUAAGUUCAAGCAUUUCUGUGUUUGUGAAAGACACCAAACAAAAUGACUCAGAAGAAAUGAAAGCGUGUGAGAGUACUAUUGUGAAGGAAGCAGCUUUAUCUGGUUUUACUGGUACUUCAGAUAUUGUUAGCAAUGAAGCUGCAAAAGUUGAUUCAGGAUUUGUGUUGCCAGAACAUGCUGGGGUUACCCAUGAGGAAUCGGAAAAAGUGCCUUCUCAAAUUGAUUUAGAGGUGACUGUCAGUAAAGAUACCAGUGAGGGAGAACCCAGAGGAACAGAUUCAAAAGAUUUGCCACUGACAGCUACCAGUACAGAUGUCCUGUGUGAUGAGCCAGAAGAGCCAGUCUGCAGGGACAGUUUACAAAAUGACUUGGGCCACAAUCUGAGAGAACUGUUAGAGAAAGCGCUGUUUGAAGCACUAAUCCAGAGUGAUAAAAAAGGGGCCGAAAAAAAGCCUUUGGAAGUGUGUAAUAGUCCCAUGGCAUUGGAACCAUCUCACUCUGAAACAAGUCAAAACCAGGUCUCUCCUUCACUAAAGGAAGAAGUGGACACAAGCAUGCAGAAUAGAGAGCAAAAAAGUGAUGCUACCAGUGGGGCUGGUGAACAAAGCCAAAUGUCUUCAUCUAAAGAGAAGGAUGUACCUUGUGAGAACACAUCUGAGAGUGCUGGUCCAGGGGCAAGCAUUGCCAAUAAAAUAGUUAUUGAUGACAGUUUUAAGGAGCCAGUAGAUUGUGGUGCCAUCGUGAAAUUGCCUCAAGUUGGUAAUGAAAAGAUAGGCCAGGUGUUGUCUUUAAAUAGCCAGCAUACCACAGAAAUUAGUCCAGCAGCUGCUGUUGUUUUGGAGACUUGCAUUGGAAAACAAGGUCAAGAUGCAGUCAAGCCAGUAGAACAUAAAGAUAGUGCAGACGCUGCUAUUGCAAAAGAAGAACAGAGGGCAUCACAUAGUAAAUCAGGAGAAGACCAGAACACCUCUGUGCCCCUACAAAGUAGCACAGUGAAGUCUGACUUGCCAGCUGCAGACAUCAGAGUUGUACGGGACAGCUGUAGCAAGGAAACUCCGGCUGCAAUCACCAGCCUUACAACUAGUGCACGGGUGGAAGACAAGCCUAAGCCCUGCACAGAUACCACAACAGUGUUCACCAGACUUGAGAACUCUCCGCAGAAGAAGUCAGAAUCUGGAGUGUUUAACAGACUUGGCGGGUACAGCACCAAACUGAAGGGCAAGAAGUCGCGAGCCGAGUGCUGCACCAAACCACGCUUCCACCCUUACCAAGGAAAGGCUCCUACUGACAGCAAAGGGCAAGGGAAUGAGAACAACGUCCAUCUGUGUAAAGAGUCACUAGAGGAGCUGAACCAGUUGGUCACUAAGGAAGACAAACAGGCAGGAUCUAAAAAACGUAAGAAACAGCGCAAGAAACAGCAGAAACCAGGCCCCAGCAGGCUUUACAAUGAGCUACAGGACAGACUACAGAGGGAGGGCCAUGAUAUCAGGGAAACCUACUACCUCGAUGGCGGCAGUGAAAAUCCGUACGACGAGGGUAGAUUUACUGGCAGGGGGUCAGAUCCAGAGUAUUGUCUUGAAGAGAUGCCCUGUGUUCGAAACAGUGACCCGUCUGAUAUGACGUCGAAAACGUAUCGCUUCAAAGCCACCAUCAAGGUCAAGUUCCCAAAACGGGACAAGGACUUCCACUGCUAUCCAGCUCCACAGCUUCCCAGGUUCAAAGACAUUCCUGAUAAAUUUCCUCGGCAUCAAAUGAAAAAGAAAGAGAAAAAGUAAACAGUCACCUAUAAGUACAAAGUUGAUAUCCAGUUUAGAAAGACAUGCAUUUCAUCAAAUUAUGAAGUUUUUAAUGCAGUGAGAGCCAUGCUUGUUUCUUCCACCACGGUAUUGAUGCAAGUAUGAAAGAGUAAAAAGUCCACAGAAGAAGAAUAAACAUUGUACUUUAAUCUUGAACACCUAGAUUACUUUCUUUCAGGAUGACAAUUUGUUGUCACCAGAAGUAGUGAUACUAUGGUUUGACACAGGAAGAAUCUUGUAAAUGUUUGGGCAGUCUCCUAAAAUCUCUUCCAUUCAGCAUUUAUUGUUUGAUAUACACUGAAUCAGGUUUAGGAACAGUUACUGUAGUUUUGAUAUUCCAUAUUAACUUCUUUCUUGAUGUCUUAUGUAGGAAUUAAAAGUUUCUACAUUAAAUGUUCAAGUUUUGUUUUGGAUGUCCUAAAUAAUUGUCUUGAAAACUGUAUGAUUAAAUAUAUUAAGUAUUUAUUGGAUUAUAGCAUUGUCAAAGUCUUAGACAGCAUCUGCAGUAGAAGUAAUGGCAGUAUCAAAAUUGUCAUUUUUCAAGUUAAAGUCUCCUGCUGCAGAUCAUUCGCUUCCUUUGCAGUGCUUGUUGAGAAUUCUUGAGAAGUAUCCUUUUUUUUUAUUUCUUUGAUAGAUAGUUGCCAAUGGUACAGAGAAGGGUACUCGGGGCUCAGAAUACUUCUCUCCUUACCUGUAAUACUGCAAGCUGACAAAAUUUUAUUGGCAAUUUGGAAAAUCUCUCCACUCAAGAACCUGUUCCCUCCUUACUACAAUCUGCUCAGCCUGCAAAAUUGCAAGUUCUUAAUGUUUUUCUACGAUGCUUUUUUUCCAGGUAACACUAACAGGUUGAUAGUUCAAGCCCUGAUACUUGUAUCAUAUUAGAAUAAGUGGACUUUGUUUAAGUCUAUAGACAACUUUGUUGUAUAAUUUGUUUAAACAAUUGACCAACCAGUGCUACUAUGUGCAUUGACUGUUUUCUGUAUACUGUAAGAUAUAUUUUGUCCUCUGCAGGGUAUGUUAGAUACUGAUAUGAUGCUAACAAUGCAGAUGUUUGGAAAAUUUGAUGACCGAGUUCAGCAAAUUUUUAUUCUAUCGGGGUACUGUUUCUCCAGAAAACUGGCAUAUUAUAUUGCAUUAGCCCUCUUACUUUUAACAUUAAACUACUGUAAAACACAACUUUUCUCAGUGCAAACAGUAUUGUUGACCUUGUUCAGCACAUUAAGGAGAUGCAAACUUGAUUUCGUGGA